AACUUAGAAAACUCGAGUUGCAACCCACAGAUUACCUGACCUGUGUAUAGUGGCCUGUGUCGAGUAUUACAACACCUGAAGUGAAACCGCUGAGCGCGUGCAUGUCAGAACAGCACGCCGCAGCAGGUAGUGUGCGGUUACAGCUCAGGUGUGUACUUUGACAUAAUAUUAGGUGACGCUGCUGUAGUAGCAACCAGUCCGCAGAGACUGUAGCACGGUGAGAUAUGCUCACAGCCCCCGCGAUGGGCGCGAGCCUUGACAGGAGUUUUCCGAGACUAUUCUGCCAAAAUGACGCAAGCCUUUAACACAGCUCAAUCCGCGGAUUGUGACACUACUCUCUCUCUGAGCGGAGGACACUCUCCGUCUCUCUCUCUCUCUCUCUCUCUCUCUCUCUCUUUCUCUUUCUCUCUUUCUGCCAUUGUCAGUGUUUACUGGCUUUCAGAGAGGAGACGCAGCUCGCGCAGACAUGGUCGUCCUCGAGUGGCCGGCGCUCGCGCGGCUUUUCGUCGCGUGUCUGACGUGUUUGACGCUGCAGCCGAGCGCGCGCGGUGUGCGAAUGCGCAGGCAGCCUCCGGGUAUUGAGAUCUUUACCUCCACACAGUCAGUUACUGCAGGUCAAAAAGUCCUCACCAUAGAAGGAAGGGAGUGUAAGUUUCCAUUCAGACUGGGUGGGACUCUUUAUCAUGAGUGCAUUACACUGAGCUCUGGCAAUCAGUGGUGCUCCCUCACCAACAACUUCGACCGGGACAUGAAGUGGGGAUAUUGUAGUUCACGCACACGCCUCUUCAACACUGCUUUCCACAGUUUCCGCAAGCAAAGCCUGUGCAAUCCGAACCCGUGUAAGAACGGCGGGGUGUGUACUGCGGUUCCUUACCGGCGUUCGUUUGAGUGUGUGUGUCCAGAUGCUUUCACAGGAGCCAAGUGUGAGCUGAAAAAGUGCUAUGAGCCACUGCACCUGAGGCAUUACGACAUCGGGGAGGUGUGGGGACGAAUCCACCUCCGUAACGUUGAGCAGUGCGUGUGCAGCAGAGAUGGAGUGUCUUGUGUGCGCACACGUUACAGAGUAUGUCUAACUAAUCCCUGUGAGAAUGAAGGAACCUGCAGAAUAAUUGAAACAACAAGAGAGGCGGUGUGUGCCUGCAGACCAGGCUACAGAGGACCAUACUGUAGCAUCUCGCCAGAGGAAGAAUGCUAUAAGGAUUCAGGUGUCCAGUAUCGCGGCACCGCGAACGUUACACUCUCUGGCGCCCCCUGCCUGCCCUGGAGCUCAGACCUCAUGUACAAUGAGCUCUCGCUGGACACCGUACACGACGCCUCGCAACGGGGACUCGGGGACCAUGCGUUCUGCAGGAACCCUGAUAAUGACAAGAAGCCCUGGUGUUACACAAUGAAUAAUGGAGUGAUUUCCUGGGAAUACUGUGAUGUGCCAUCUUGCCUUAGACUGUCAUCUUCUCGUAAAGCUCCCACUCCAACCUCUCUUCCCGCUCCUGUGCCCAGUCCGAAGCCCAGCUGCGGCAGGAGACACCCAAAGCGAGUUCCUCGCGGACGAAUCCUGGGAGGCACUUCGGCGAUGGCCGGCUCUCACCCCUGGAUGGCGGCGCUGUAUAUCAGUGAUGAGUUCUGCGCUGGCAGCCUGGUCUCAUCUUGCUGGGUCGUCUCAGCCGCUCACUGCUUCCUCCGCAAUCCGUUGCUGUCGACGGUGCGUGUAGUCCUUGGUCAGCACGUUUUUAAUGACUCGAGCUCCAACACACAGACGUUUGGCAUAGAAAAGUAUGUGUUCUACGACCAGUACAAUCAGUUCAGCCCAACAGUGCAUGAUAUUGCCCUUGUGAAGCUGAAGAAGGUUAAUGGGCACUGCGCUCGUAAAACCAAGUUCAUUCGGCCAAUCUGUCUGCCGGACGAGUCCAUGACAUUCCCAGACUACACAUGCUGCACCAUUACAGGCUGGGGACAUAUGCAGGAGAAGGGAGACUCAUACUCCUCCCUGAGAGAGGGAAUUGUGAAGCUCAUUCCAUAUGAGAAAUGUUCCUCUCCUGAGGUGUAUGGCUCGGAGGUGAGAGAGGGGAUGCUGUGUGCAGGUAGUAACAACUGCGUGGAUGCUUGCCAGGGAGACUCCGGCGGGCCACUGUCAUGCGUGCGUAACGAAGCGAGUUUCCUCUAUGGUAUCAUUAGUUGGGGUGAUGGCUGCGGACGAACAGGGAAACCAGGUGUCUACACCAAAGUCACCAAAUACGUCACAUGGAUCAAUCACAUUAUCCGAAACAAAAAAUCCUCCAGGAAAAAAGGACUUUAGCGUGUGUAUUAGCAUGCAAUUGCCAUGUGUAUUGCCCUUUUUUUUUUUUUUUUUUAAAGAACUGUGAAUGAAGAGUAUGUUUUAUAAUCUAAUAAAUUAUAUUGAAACCAUGACUUGUUAUAUCCUCAUGUCACUUGAAUAAACAAUGUCAUUUUGACAUAGACUUGAAUGCCAUCCACUGGUUGUGUUAUUUUUGGGAAUACAGGCUCGGCACAUCAAGGUUUAGGUGCAGUCAAGUUUGUCUGCUUCUGACAGCUGUGUGAUGCUUUGUGUAGCCCUUUUGUUUUUCUUUUUUAAUUAAAGCAUUUGAACUUUGACCCUGUUAAUUGGUUAAAUUCCAGCUUCUGGCAAGACAACUGUUUAA